CCGCGGGGGCAGCGUCGGCGCCGGGCAGCAGCGGGAGUGGCGGCCGCGCCAUGUGGCUGCUGGGGCCGCUGUGCCUGCUGCUGAGCAGCGCCGCGGAGAGCCAGCUGCUCCCCGGGAACAACUUCACCAAUGAGUGCAACAUCCCGGGCAACUUCAUGUGCAGCAACGGGCGGUGCAUCCCGGGCGCCUGGCAGUGUGACGGGCUCCCCGACUGCUUCGACAAGAGCGACGAGAAGGAGUGCCCCAAGGCCAAGUCCAAGUGUGGGCCCACGUUCUUCCCCUGUGCCAGCGGCAUUCACUGCAUCAUCGGCCGCUUCCGCUGCAACGGAUUCGAGGACUGUCCGGACGGCAGCGAUGAAGAGAACUGCACAGCAAACCCUCUGCUCUGCUCCACUGCCCGCUACCACUGCAAGAACGGCCUUUGCAUCGACAAGAGCUUCAUUUGUGACGGGCAGAAUAACUGUCAAGACAACAGCGACGAGGAAAGCUGCGAAAGUUCACAAGAGCCGGGCAGCGGGCAGGUGUUCGUGACUUCGGAGAACCAGCUGGUGUACUACCCCAGCAUCACGUACGCCAUCAUCGGCAGCUCCGUCAUCUUCGUGCUGGUAGUGGCGCUGCUGGCGCUGGUCCUGCACCACCAGCGGAAGCGGAACAACCUCAUGACGCUGCCCGUGCACCGGCUGCAGCACCCGGUGCUGCUCUCGCGCCUGGUGGUCCUGGACCACCCCCACCACUGCAACGUCACCUACAACGUCAACAACGGCAUCCAGUACGUGGCCAGCCAGGCCGAGCAGAACGCUUCGGAGGUGGGCUCCCCGCCCUCCUACUCAGAGGCCCUGCUGGACCAAAGACCUGCAUGGUAUGACCUCCCUCCACCCCCCUACUCUUCCGACACCGAGUCCCUGAACCAAGCGGACCUGCCCCCUUACCGCUCCCGGUCGGGGAGUGCCGACAGCGCCAGCUCCCAGGCUGCCAGCAGCCUCCUGAGUGUGGAAGACCCAGGUCACAGCCCCGGGCAGCCCAGCCCCGCCGAGGACGCCACUGAACCCAGGGACUCAGUGCUCAGCGCGGGCCCGGAAGAAGAAGUAUAACACCCCGCAACACCAGCGUCCACACGGGUUCAUCUGCUCUGACUCGGUACCUUGCUGACCACCUGCGCUCAUGGGAAGCUCACUCUUCCAGGUGCUCAAGGAGCGAUGAGGGGCAGGGAGGGGCGCAUCUCUCCAUUCCCCUCCUCCCUCAGAUUUUAGGGUCGUUCUGUAGAGAGCGACCCGGCAUUUUUUUUUCUGACCUCUCAGUUGAUAACCUCUUGGAGGCGACAGGAACCCCCAGGACCACAGCUUGACUUGACACAUUCUUCAGUUGCCCGUGGGACCCGGCGUCAGAAACAGCACACGAAUUUGCAGGUCGCGGGAUAAAGAGACUCUCAGUCCCCCUUGAGCAAACAGUGUUCCUGCACCGAGUGGCUGCUUCUUUGGGGACUGGUUCUUCAGAGCUCCGUGAUAGGGGCUGUGGAUAGAGGUUCCCACCCGGAGGCAUCACGGUUGGCCCGAGGACGGGGACCUGCUGCCAACGCCACGUCACACGGGUCUCACCAGUGCUUUCAGUUUGGCCAAAGAAAACUUCUGCCUUGAGUUUUUGCCCCUUUGGUAACUAGCAGUGUCAUUGCGAUCCCCGCAGCCAACAAAACUCUUGGAGAGACUCAGACCUUAGAAACGAGCCCGCCCAUCCUCUUUGGGAGAGCGUUCUCUGGCAGCGUCACCCCCGAAGAGACAGGAACCCCAGACCGUGACAAGAAAUGAGUCCUCAACUUGUUCAAUACAGGCUGCUCAAAGCCAUUGAGCUUUGUUCUCUGGUUCUACAAUCCCUUCCCUUGGGGACUAGAUUGCCCCCGCUUCUGGGAGUGGUAGGGAAAAAUAGGAGCCCUGUUGAGUUGGCUUCGCCC